AUGGCCCCACAGCCCCGGAGCGGUGUGACAGGGCCCAGGCUGGAGGACGAGACGCAGAAGCGGGAGGACGCAGAGAAGAGCCUGGUUCUGUUCCGCAAGGAUGUGGAUGAUGCUACGCUGUCCCGGCUGGAGUUGGAGCGCAAAGUGGAGCUGCUGAUGGAUGAGAUUGGCUUCCUCAGGAAGCUGCAUGAGGAGGAGCUGCGGGACCUGGAGGUGAGCGCCAUGAGCCCGGCGGUGCCGGUGCAGGUGGAGGUCUGCAAGCCAGAGCUGACGGCUGCGCUGCGGGAGAUCCGCACCCAGUACGAGAGCAUUGCUGUGAAGAACCUCCAAGAAGCUGAGGAGUGGUACAAAUCUAAGUUUGCCGACCUCUCAAAUGCGGCCAACCGCAAUCAUGAGGCACUGCGGCUGGCCAAGCAGGAGAUGAAUGAGUCACGGCGGCAGAUCCAGAGCCUUACGUCUGAGGUGGAUGGGCUGAAGGGCAUGAACGAAGCGCUGCAGCGGCAGAUGCGGGAGAUGGAGGAUGAGUUUGGAGAGGAGAUUGGAAACUACCAGGAUGUGGUGGGGCGGCUGGAGCAGGAGAUCAAGCAGAUGAAGGAGGAGAUGGCAAGGCACCUGCGUGAGUACCAGGACCUGCUGAACGUCAAGAUGGCCCUGGACAUCGAGAUCGCCACGUACCGCAAGCUGCUGGAGGGAGAGGAGAGCCGUGCUGGAGCCGCAGCCUGCAGAGAGCCCAACGCGGAGUAUGGUGCUCAUCAGAACCAUUGAGAUGCGGGAUGGGCAGCGGGUGGUGACGGAGUCACACAAGGAGCGAGCAGAGCCGGGGAAGUGACAGAGAGGACCUGCUGUGCUGGCCCCCAUCCUGCCCUGCCAGACCCUACGGGGCGGCACUAGGGAGGGAGGGGGUUUGCUGGACCCCACUUGCACACUGUGCAGGCUGUGGGGCAGAGCGUGGGGCCAACUGCCUCCAAUCCCCACUGCCAGCCCCGCAGCAUGAUGCUGCCAGACAUCCCUGUGCCUUGUCCUCCUAUUUAUUGCUAUUUAUUGCCUAUUUAUUUUUCUCCUUACUGGAACCAAUAUUUAAUGACUGUCUCCCUCUGCCCCAGCCCCACGGCUGAGGGGGUCCCUCCGCAUGGGUUUGUGGGCACCGGUGGUCCCCAGGCACUGUCCCCUCCCGGAGUCUCUGCCCUGCCUUGGCCCUGUCUCCUCCCAGCCCUGGGCCCUUGGUGUGGGUGGGGGGCAGGAAGGGGUGCAGGGGCCUGGCUGAAGUGGGGGGGAGUGUCUUGAGGUU